UUUUCCUCAGGAAAUCACAUGGAGGUGCACAUGUACUCACAUGACAACCUGUGCUAUGGAAGCGGACAUUAAUGAAGGAUCAGUUCCCCUGUAUUAUAAGGAGGUGCAUCAGGCUCUCAGCAGUAGGACAGAUGAACGAGUGUCGAUCGAUGUGUUCCACCGACUUCUGAACAGCACUGAUCUCUCUGGAACCAUACAGAAGCAGAUAACAGAGCAUGUAGAUAAUGGGGAAGGUUUCCUGAGUAAGGUGUCCCUCUAUAAAGCCUUGGCGCUGAUUGCCCUUGCUCAACAAGGCAAGCAGCCGAGCCCUAAACUCUUGGAAAACUGCAUUCAAGAGUUCCCUAAGCCCCAGUUGGGAGACCCAAAAGAGCUCCAGGCCCUGAGAAUGCAGCCAGUUCAUGACAACCCACUACUCUUGUCUCUGUCCCUGUCUGACCUGCUGGCCAAAGACACCAUAAAGGUGGAGCUCAUACCUGAGAAGAAAGGCCUGUUUCUUAAACAUGUGGAGUAUCAGGUUACCAGUGAGCGCUUUAAAAUGUCAGUCUACCGGCGUUACAGUGACUUUGAUGUCUUCCAUGACAUUUUGCUACAGCGCUAUGCCUACAGAAUGGUGCCAGCCCUACCACCCAAACGAGUGCUCAAAGGAGUACUGACCUCAGUGUCAGAGCGAGAGUUCAUCGAGGGACGACGACGUGGUUUGAGCAGGUUCCUGAACCUUGUUGCGAGGCAUCCUUUUUUCUCUGAGGACGAGCUUGUGAAGACAUUCCUCACAUUCAGUGGCUCAGAUGUCCAACCCAAGCUGCGAGAUGCCUUUAAGAAAAUGGGAGAUGAAUUUAUGACGUGUGCCUAUGCAACACAAGCCAAGGAAUACCUCCCUGCAGACAUUCAGUCUAAAUUUUCUGCAUGCCGGGAGCUCAUCAGAAACGUCCACACCAGCUUCCAGAAGCUGCGGGACCGAGCAGAGAAAAUGGCAGAACGAUCAAAAGAGAAUUCCACGGAUCUGAUCAUGUUCGGGAAGGAGUUGAGUGCGCUGGGUUGCGACUCUUCUCCUGUGCCCAUUCUGGACUCCUCCAAGAGCAUGUGGAAUGAUCUGAGACACUCUCUCCGUGGCCUGUCUACUGAAUUUACCCUGUUGGCAGACAAAGCCACUCAACAGGGAAGAAGAGAAGAGGAUGAUGUGGUAGAAAGACUGAACUUAUUCCUGGAUUUGCUGCAGUCGUACAGGGACCUUUGUGAGCGGCAUGAAAAGGGAGUUCUGCAUGAACACCAGAAAGCACUGCAGAAGUACAGCGUGAUAAAGAGACAGGUGAUGAGUGCGGCUGUGCAGCCGAAAGAACAAGUGUCAGUGGAGCAGCUGGAGUCUCGUAUCGUGCAGCAGGAGAAUGCCAUCCAGACCAUGGAACUGCGCAACUAUUUCUCCCUGUUCUGUGUGCAUCAGGAAAGCCAGGUCAUCUUUGCUUACCUCCCCAUCACCUCACACAUCCUGGGGGCCUUCGUCAACUCUCAAGUGCAGGGCCACAGAGAGAUGGGUCAGGUGUGGAACAACCUUCACUCUAAGCUGAGUGGAUUUUUCGCUGACAGUAAUGGACUUUCAUCUCCUCUCUCUUCAAAACAUCAAGCUUGCUAAUAAUAGAAGUUGUACUGUACAUACUGCAAAGAAAUAGACUUUGAAAACCAUUUGGUAUUCAUUUAAGCACAGCAUCAGAGCCCUGGUGUUUUAUCUUGCCUAUUCUUAUUAUUUUUAAUCAUAAUUUUUCAUGUGCCGUCAAGUUAGGGUGGCUGCAAGAAGGAGGGCAUGACAGUGAGUAGUCAGGAUAGUGUCUACAGUACACAAAAUUAAAACCUUAAUUGAUAUAAUGGUGAUGCAACUUAAUGAACUAGAAAAGUGUCUUAUUAAUGAAUUCUCUCACCACAAUCUACAGUCUACUUGUGAUACUUUGAAACAAAAAGCAUGAAGUUCAUCUUUCCUAUUCUUUGAAAUGAAGGGGUGGUGAGCUAACCACUCAGAGCUGUACUUUGUUUUUCAUUUUGGCAUGUUGACAGCAUGAACAGUUAUUAAAACUUUGUAAUUAGCUAGCAUUUCAGGGCUUUUCAUUCCACAGCAAGUGGUGGAUGUCUUCAUGGAAAGUGGUCGCUUUAAACAAAUUACAUACAAGUAAUUUCUUUUGACUUGUUCAUAUGCCAAUCACAGGCAAAUUAUUAUGAUCAUUAAAAGCAUCUGGUUGCUUCCAAAUGAGGGCAAACCCGUGUCUGGCCAGUCAUUGAGCCAGACUGCGGACGUAUGAACACCCUACGUCAAGUUAAUUCAGAUUUCUGGCAACAGUAUGGAUAGUAUUUUUCCAGAACAUCCAGUCUUCUGUUUGGGUCUUCAGGCUUUCUAAUGACUCGUUUAUUUUUCCUCUAAUUGUAUCCAUCUUGAUGCUGGCUGUCCUCAUCCUGUUCAAGAAUUGCCAGCAUGCAUAGUAGCAGAUGCAUUUAUAUAUGAAGGAACUAAAUUACCA